AACGAAGCAUGGAGCCCUACGUUCCUGUUCUCGUACCAGACCUGGGAGAUGAAGAGGAGUUUGCACCUUCUGAAAUCGAGGUCAAAGAAAUCGACCUCGAGGGUGCCCCUGUGGAGGAAGACGAUGGCUGGGAGUGUCCGCGCAUGCUCACGGCGGGCUUCGUGUACCUCAUCUUCCUGGUGCUGCUCGUCUUGAUGUUGGGUUUCAUAGUGUCUGUCGAGAUGAGCUAUGAGCCGAAUACCAUGGAGGACGUGGAAACGACCACUAGCUUUGACAUCCGUAUGCCCGACCUUGAAAGGAAGGCGACUCCACGGAUGGUUCCUCGCAGUCGAGAUCGCUCCACGACAAGUGCAUCAGAACGUGCCGGUACCAGCUGGUCAGCCGAUUCAUCAGGCGGAGUUACAAGGAGUGAACCGCGGAUGACCGCAGUCAGGAUGACGGAAGCUAGGGAUUUGACCACACCGAAAGCCGAGAUAGAAGAAACGACUACAAGACGGCGAAUAACGACGGCAGACUCACAAUCUAUCGCUAGUAUUGCCACCACUAGUACUAGACCUACUACUACUACUACGACUAGCACUACAACCACAAGUACGACGACGACCUCGACUUCAACGACUACAACGAGCACUACGACGACGUCGACGUCUACAACUACUACGACUACGACUACUACUACUACGACCAGCACUACCACCACAAGUACGACGACAACCACGACUUCUACUACAACGACUACUACUACUACGACCAGCACUACGACCACAAGUACGACGACAACCACGACUUCUACUACAACGACUACUACUACUACGACCAGCACUACGACCACAAGUACGACGACAACCACGACUUCUACUACAACGACUACUACUACUACGACCAGCACUACGACCACAAGUACGACGACAACCACGACUUCUACUACAACGACUACUACUACUACGACCAGCACUACGACCACAAGUACGACGACAACCACGACUUCUACUACAACGACUACUACUACUACGACCAGCACUACGACCACAAGUACGACGACAACCACGACUUCUACUACAACGACUACAACGAGUACGACGACGACGACGACUUCUACUACUACCACGACUACAACGAGUACGACGACGACGUCUACUUCUACUACUACCACGACUACUAGUACGACAACGACCACUAGCACUACGACGACCUCGACUUCUACUUCUACCACGACUACAACUACUACUACUACUACUACGACCACUACGACCACAAGCACAACGACGACCUCUACCACUACCACGACGACUACUACUUCUACUACUACUACUACUAGUACUACUACUACGACGACGACGACCACAAGCACUACGACAACGACAACUACGACAACGACUACAACGACUACAACGACUACUACGUCAUCAACCACAACCUAUAGACCAAUGAAUCCAGGCUACAUUCGAAGGGAUCUGCGUGGUCUUGUGUGCCACACGGACGCUGAUAACUUCCUGCAGUCUCCUCUACCGGACAGCUGUGACUUUGUCAUGGUCGACUUGCAGGUGUCGUCGCCUGAGCCACAUCCUACGUACUCGUACAUGGCAACCAUCAGAACCGAUCCAGCGGGUCUUGUAGGGCGGAUAGCGCAACACAUUAAGGACUCUCCGAGCAAGGCAUUCCUACUGGCGUUCAAGCGAAGCGUACUGCACGGCAGUUCUCUUCCACCAAGCGCCGUGGCCAGAGGCAUCGUCCAGAUGGUCGCCGAUAUGGAGGCUCACGGCGCCACGCUCAGUGACGAGCAGAUUACAGAGGCCGACAGAAACUCCAUCUCUCAAGAUGCCCAGGUCCUAUCUGAUGAAGUUCAGUCAUACCACGGCCUCAUCAGAUACGACGUGUUCCAUGGACACCGUGCAACCUUAAGGUCUCUUAUGCUGGAGGUUAUGAGCAUGCCGUCGAUGACCUUCGUGUACCGGGUUUCGGGAAUCAGCCGCACAUUUACGCACCCCUACUUCGACAGUUUUUACACUGAAAAAUUGUCCGAAAAAAAUCUGAGCUCCAUCAUCGACGAAGAUUUAGCGCGACCUGUAAGUGCAUAUGCCGGCUCCAAGUCGGUGGCGAUAUCUAUGACGCUGAUGGCAAGAUCGUGCCCGAAGGAUACCGUGGUCAACUUUGAUACGAACAGCGACUGCGUCGACUUUGCUCUGAAUGUUUCUAAAAUCUGCGCACUACCCCAAGCAUACAUUCAAUGCCUGCACUAUUCAAUUAUGACGCGGCAUUACGACGGCAGAGCCCGACUGACAAAGGACUAUUUCUUCGAGGUGGAAAAUACUUUCAAAGCUAAGGUGCGCUUGAUUCUGCAGCAGCUGCAACGGGCGGGGGCAUCGCCAGCGGCCUUCAUCAUCGAGCGCUACGAGAUGGAACCGCAGGAGGUGGUCAUUUACUAUAAUUCCCGUAACAAGACCUACGUGCAAUGCGACAUCGAGCCGUUCGGCUUCACUGCCGGAACGAAAGCAGAACUUGCGAAGUUUUGAUUAUGCGGCAGUGAGUUGUUUGAGUAAUCAAUGUAUUGGCACUUGUCCUCCUAGAAUUCAAUUCACUUAUGCGUGCGUCAAAUAUAUA